UCCUUCAUAGCAACAGUACAGGAGCUGGACUGUACAACCACACACCUGUGACAGACAAGGAUAUAGAACCGUAAAAAGUCCGCAAAGUUUGUGCUCACAGCUUGUCAGUCCGUGGACAUGUUCAACAGUCUUCGCAGGGACUUUGAUGACGAUCCGUUCUUUUCGGAUCCCUUCAGUGCCCAUAGGGAACAUAUGCGUCAGAUGAUGCGGAGCUUCUCUGAGCCCUUUGGCGUGCCCUUUAUGCCCAGUUUAAUGGAUGGGAGCAUGACAAGACAUCCCAGCUCUUCCCAGGCACUGAGGGAUGACCACAGGGACAUGAGCCAGUCAUUGAUGCCCUUUGGCAGCACUGACAGCAUGGACUUGAUGAGGAACCCUUUUGGAAUGUUCGAUGGUAUGAUGGCAAACAUGAGAAACAGGAUGGAUGAAAUGCACAGAAGCUUUGAAAGUAUGCCUUCAGACUCAAACACCCACUCGUUCAGCUCUUCGUCAAUCACAACUUACUCUAAGGUUGGAAAUGAGCCUCCUAAGGUCUUUCAGGCGAGCUCAUCGACACGCCGUGCCCCUGGAGGGAUCAAGGAGACCAGGCGAGCAUUAAAAGACUCAGAGAGUGGUGUGGAGAAGAUGUCCAUUGGUCACCAUAUCCAGGACAGAGGGCACGUUGUCGAAAAGAAGUUCAACAAUAAGACUGGGGAGAGAGAGUUCAACCAGGACUUCCAGAAUAUGGAUGAGUCUGAAGCACAGACUUUUGAUCAAGAGUGGCAGCAAAAGGUGUCCACAUUUAAGCCGUCUGGGUCCAUGUCUCGCUUGCAGGAACCCAAACCCCGUAAUGUUCACCAGGCAGCCCUCACCGGUCCUGAACAGACCCACAGAGAACAACGAAAGCCCAAGGCCGAGGGUAAAACCCAUGUUAGAAUCGCAAGCUCUUCAAAGCCGUGAAAACAUCUGUCUUUGUGUCCAUUAAAGUCUCUGAAGCAAUAUCCAAUACAAUCUGGUGCUCUGUAACCACACACACUCCGGUCAUACAGCGAGAUGGAUGGAAUCAGAACACAGGAACCCAGAUUUUUAAACAAUAUCACUGUUGAAACAUUUUUUGGCUUCUGCUAUUUGGUCAAAUAGUUAAUAGAGAAACGGAGAAAUGGAGAAAUAUGUGGGCACUUUAACACAAUCAAGAAUUGUUCAUCAAUUGUUAUGUAAUAUGUGCAAUGUAGCAUAUUAGUGGUGUAAUCCUUUAACAGUAUCAGUAGAUGUUACAGUACAGGUUAGAAGGUUCUUCUAUUUUUCACUUAAACCAGGAAAUAAAAGGUUUUUUAGUUUCUCUAUGGAUAUAGGCAAAAUAUCAUAAGCACUGUUGUUAAGAGCUGUUAUUAUGCAAUAACAAGGUAAUAACAAAACUUAUGGUAUGUUGUAUCAGAUAAGCAUUUACUCUACUUAUUCUACUACUUUUAUGACACAUUCUCACACAGUCAUUAUUUUUCAUGCAACAAAACGCUAAAUGUCGUGACUUCUGAAAUCCAGUAAUGCACUUAGACGAUGUCUAAAAUAUCUGUUUGUAAUUAUGUUGUUCAGUACCUGUCGUUCUAGAUUAUUUGUAUUUUAUCUUCUGUAAUCUUUGUAAAAAUAAGACAAAUAAUACCUUUACCUUUUUAUAUUGAUACGUUGGUUUCUCAUGUUUUUCAUCUAAUGAACUCGGCACAGACUCUUGACACUAUCUGAUUAAAUUCAGACGUUGACCUUGUACAUUUUUUUCAAGCUUAAACAAAAAAGUUGUGUCAACAACUGUUGUCUAAAAAUAAAAAAUAUGAAAAUGGA